AUGAGCCCCCAGGAGCAAAGGACCAUUGGGCUGCCCAAGAAAGGCCAAACUAGCCCAAAAUGGGAAAAAGAUGGGAAAAGGAGCUGGUCAAGUUCCUAUGCCAAUAGGUCUGCAGCAAGCAACAUUGCCAUCAAACUCUUGAGUCCCAAACUGGAUCACCUGACGUACCGCCACAGCAAGGCGAUUUAUGUCUCCCGCUACUUCAAAGAGUGUGGUGCCGGUGCUUUCAUAAGAUUCUUCAUUUUCAACAGUCCUGAGACUUUGUUCCCAACAUCCAUCAUUUCCAGUCUGGGGGUACACUUUGCUGGGGGAGCCAUCAGUCUUGCAGAGGCUAAUAUACAGGCUGAAGGCUUGACAGAGAUUAUGAAGAAAAAGGAUACAUCAUUUACGGAGUAUUCCACACACAGGAAGAUAAAGGAACUUGUGAAGACACUGUUGGGAUGGAAGGAGCUACCAGCUGUUAAACUAUUGCUGUCUGCUGAUCUAAAGCUGUUCGAUCAAGAACUGGCCUUUUUCAAUGUGGAUAAGGACUUUGUGCAGGGUAUUCUGAAGGAGCUGGCUCAGCCAACAGAUAGAUAUGACAUGCUAACGAAAAUCCCUCAACUUCUCAAUGGUGUCUCAGGCCAAUGGACUCAGGCUCUGGGGUUGGUAGAACUUUGGUACACCAUUCCUACCUCCAUGGGGCUGCCCUUGGAAUACAGUUUCUAUGCUACUGCCCUGGCACAUCUUUCAGCUAAUGUGGAUGCCAACGUAUCCUUUCCUCUAUCCAAUGAUUCUGUAACUCCUCAGUCAUCCAGUCCUGUAGUUCAAGUGGCUGCUGACAUUAAACCCCGCAUGUACUGGUACUCUGUGGCAUCGAUGACAAUCAACACCCCUGUCUUCCAGUCUGGCAUUGAGCUCCAGGCAAAGCUCCAGACAGCUUACCCAAUGAAACUGAACAUGAAGUUGGACCUAAAAAAGAAAAACUUUAAGUAUGAAACCUUCCCAUGGCACCAAGAGACUCAGCUCCUGACAGCCAGUGCCAAGGCUUUUGCUGUAUCAAGAAAGAGUGGGGAGCCAGAAACCGAAAAGAAAGUUCCUCUAGUUCCUGAGGAAGCAGGAUCUGAGAUCCCCAAGGAGCAAUUUGUUUUCACAGAGAUGACUUUGAAGCAAGGAAGGACUUCUGAAGUGACUUCUCCCAAUUACUCCAACUCCCCCAAGCCUGAACUUCAUCAUGGCAAAAGUGGAAAGACGCAUUUCCAAGAGACUUGCUUCAGCCUGCCUUACUGGGGUUUUCAGGCCUAUGUCUCCAUGAAAUCCCUCAGUGCAGCAUCAUUUCAAGAUUCCAUUCUGCAUCACGUGGUGGGAACACAUGAAGCCCAACUUGUGGUAAAAUCAAAUACUACCGUUGAGAAGAUCGGGCUGGAAAUCGAAGCGGGAUCUAUGGCAGCUUCCAGACCAAUCCAGAUGAUGACGUUCUUGGAGAACAAUUACCCACCCAUGCUAACUGGAAUAUUUCGGGUAGAACACAGUGAGCAAAAGCCUGAUGGCUUCCAGUUUGCCAUCUUCACAAAUAAACACUCCUCCAAAGAUGGGGUCCAGUUACGGGUCACUAAUUUUACCCAAAGUAGCCAGUGGAAAGCUUGUGUUGAUAUUUUCUUGGAGAAUUUUCACACGGCAAAGGCAUCCCUAAAAUGGGGUCAGGAUUGCCAGGAGUAUCAAGUUUUGGGGGAGAUUAUGACUGGGCAGUUUGCUAAUCACUCCACUCUGCAAAUGAUGGUUGCAUGGCCAAAAGUCUCAGCAGAAGUCACGGAAAUGGGAAAAUGGUUUUAUACAUUCAUUCCUGGGCUUCUCUCUAGACUGGGAUUCUCUGAAAAAGCCUGGAAAAAUCCCCUUUUGAAGGCCAGCUUGGUGAUACCACUUCUAUCUCCCAGGAGUGGACACGUCAUCAUCAGGCUACCCCAUGUUACUUUUUAUGGACAAGACAUUUUCUUACCCAUCUCAUACUCUAUAAAUCUUCUGGAACCAGCUUCUCAACUGCCUGACCAAGUGGGGGAGUUCUUUGACUUCAUCAAAGAUUUCAUUAUGAAGACUUUCCAAGCUGAUUGUUCAGUCAAUGAAGAGAAGAUCACUACUUUCAAUGGAAUCCGGUACAGCUACCACCUGCUUGCCAACUGCUUCCACAUCCUGGCCCAGGAUGCUAGCUCGGAGCUAAGGUUCCUGGUGUUGAUAAAGACAGCUGAAGGGUCUGCUGGCCAAAAGGCCAUCCAUGUCAAACUGGCCAAUCAUGACAUUGACAUGUAUCCUGCUCAAGGACUCCUUUGGCUUCAGGUGGAUGGCAAAAAGACCCCAUUGAAUGGAAGCAUCAUCCUCUCUGGUAGUGAGUCACUUGUGUCCAUCAAGAAUGAGAGUCAGGGAUUCUCUCUCUCUGCACCACAGCACGGUAUUGAAAAACUUUAUUACGAUGGGAAAACAUGCAAGGUCCAUAUUUCUUUCUGGAUGAUUGGAAAAACACGUGGUUUGUGUGGACAGGCAAAUGCAGAAACCACCCAGGAAUUCCAGAUGCCCAGUGGCUACACAGCUAAAGAUGCUGUGAGCUUUGCCCGAUCUUGGGUUCUGACAGAUGGCUCCUGCUCCAGAGCUUGUUCCUUUCAACACCAAUUCAUGAGACUUGAGAAGACAAUUUACCUUGAAGGAGAAAAUUCCUCAUGCUCAUCAGUGCAGCCGGUGUUGAGGUGUCUGAAGGGCUGCAGAGCUGUCCAAACCAUUACCGCCCUUGUUGGCUUUCAUUGCCUUCCAAUUGAUUCUGAUGCCCAUUUUCCCAUUGCACUGACAAGGUUGGAGCAGAAGUCUGAGGAUGUGGAAGAGAAAAUUGAGGUUCCUACCCAAUGUUCCUGUGAUGAGCAGAUAUGCCUGGCAUGAGUUUCCAAUAUCCUUAGAAUCUCUCUAUGUGGCCACCUCUUGAUGGUGCUUUGCCCAGGCUUUCUGGAUGACUUUAUUUGGGCCUGGUGCAUACAAGUGAAUUUAUUUAUAUACCCAAACAUGAUUUUCUAAAGAAAUGAAAAUGUUGACCUUUGUGGAAACAAUGUACUAUUCAUCUCAGUAUUUGAUUAUGAAUAAA